AUGGGGCAGCUAGCGUCAAAUCGAAAUACUAGGCCUACAGGUGCUCUUCCCAGUGAUACAGAGAAGAACCCUCAAAAAGAUGAUGCAAGUUUAGAGACAGUGACUGCUGUAAGGCCACCACCAACUUUUCCCCAAAGGUUACAAAAGAAUAAUGAUGAUCGCAUGUUUAACAAAUUUCUCUCUAUGUUGAUCCGGGUUAAAUUAAAUCUUCCAUUGGUGGAUGUACUUUAUGAAAUUCCAAAAUGUUCUAAGUACAUUAGAGAUAUAGUGGCUCACAAGAGGAUAUUGACUGAAUUCGGGACAGUUUCACUUACCGAGGAGUGCACUUCGAGGGUCCAAAACAAGCUUCCUCGAAAGCUUAAGGACCCUGGCAGCUUCACCAUCCCUGUGGCGAUUGGUAAUAUUGAUGUGGGCCGUGCUCUUUGUGAUAUGGGGACGAGCAUAAAUCUAAUGCCUUUGUCUUUUUUCAAGAAAUUAGGUCUGGGAGCUCCAAGACCAACCACUGUGAUGUUGCAACUAGCCGAUAGAUCCAUAGUUUACCCUGAAGGAGUGAUUGAAAAUAUGUUGCUGCUGAUUAGGAAAUUCAUCUCCCCAACGGACUUUAUUAUUCUAGAUUAUGAGGCUGAUGAAUAA